CGCCUGCCUCCCACCCGCCUCUUUGGUCCCGGCGGUAAGAUGGCGGCUGCCGCGGAGUGCGAUGUGGUAAUGGCGGCGACCGAGCCAGAGCUGCUCGACGACGAGGAAGCAAAGAGGGAAGCAGAGUCUUUCAAGGAACAAGGAAAUGCAUACUAUGCCAAGAAAGAUUACAAUGAAGCUUAUAACUAUUAUACAAAAGCCAUAGAUAUGUGUCCUAAAAAUGCUAGCUAUUAUGGGAAUCGAGCAGCCACCUUGAUGAUGCUUGGAAAGUUCCGGGAAGCUCUUGGAGAUGCACAGCAGUCCGUGAGGUUGGAUGACAGUUUCGUCCGGGGACAUCUACGAGAGGGUAAAUGCCACCUAUCUCUAGGGAAUGCCAUGGCAGCAUGUCGUAGUUUCCAGAGAGCCCUAGAACUGGAUCACAAAAAUGCUCAGGCACAACAGGAGUUCAAGAAUGCUAAUGCAGUCAUAGAAUAUGAGAAAAUAGCAGAAACGGAUUUUGAGAAGCGGGAUUUUCGGAAGGUUGUUUUCUGCAUGGACCGUGCCCUAGAAUUUGCCCCUGCCUGCCAUCGCUUCAAAAUCCUCAAAGCAGAAUGUUUAGCAAUGCUAGGUCGUUAUCCGGAAGCACAGUCUGUGGCCAGUGACAUUCUACGAAUGGAUUCAACCAACGCAGAUGCUCUGUACGUACGAGGUCUUUGCCUUUAUUAUGAAGAUUGUAUUGAGAAGGCGGUUCAGUUUUUUGUACAGGCUCUCAGGAUGGCUCCUGACCAUGAGAAGGCCUGCGUGGCUUGCAGAAAUGCCAAAGCACUUAAAGCAAAGAAAGAAGAUGGGAAUAAAGCAUUUAAAGAAGGAAAUUACAAGCUAGCCUAUGAACUGUACACAGAAGCCCUGGGGAUAGACCCUAACAAUAUAAAAACAAAUGCUAAACUCUACUGUAAUCGGGGUACGGUUAAUUCCAAGCUUAGGAAACUAGAUGGUGCAAUAGAAGACUGCACAAAUGCAGUGAAGCUCGAUGACACUUAUAUAAAAGCCUACUUGAGAAGAGCUCAGUGUUACAUGGACACAGAACAGUAUGAGGAAGCAGUGCGGGACUAUGAAAAAGUGUAUCAGACGGAGAAAACAAAAGAACACAAACAGCUCCUAAAAAAUGCACAGCUGGAACUGAAGAAGAGUAAGAGGAAAGAUUACUACAAAAUUCUGGGAGUGGACAAGAAUGCCUCUGAGGAUGAGAUCAAAAAAGCUUACCGGAAACGGGCCUUGAUGCACCAUCCAGAUCGGCACAGUGGAGCCAGUGCCGAAGUUCAGAAGGAGGAGGAGAAAAAGUUCAAGGAAGUUGGAGAAGCUUUUACCAUCCUCUCUGAUCCCAAAAAAAAGACUCGCUAUGACAGUGGACAGGACCUGGAUGAGGAGGGCAUGAAUAUGGGUGAUUUUGACGCAAACAAUAUCUUCAAGGCAUUCUUUGGCGGUCCUGGGGGCUUCAGCUUUGAAGCAUCUGGUCCAGGGAAUUUCUUUUUUCAAUUUGGCUAAGGAGAGGAAACCAUCCAGAACCCAGAAAGUGGAGACUUGCUCAAUGUAACCUUGAACGUGGGCACAGUUCACCUCCUCCCUUCAUCUCAUCUCCCCAUCCUUAGAGCAGUUUCGUUUUCUUAGUUGGAUGCCCUGUGUCUGUGUGAGUGGGGGGAAGGAGAGGGAGCCAGCGCCGAAGACUGCGGGGAGGGGAGGGAGGCGGGGGGUGGACAGGGAGGCAGCUUGUGAAUUUUUGUUUUACUGUUUAACUUUAUUAAAAAAGAAAAAAAAAUUAAGAGAAUAAAAUGUUUUGACCCUUUCUGGCACUUUGCUCUGGCAGCUGCUUUGUGUCACUUCAGACUCGGUGGGCCAGAAGCUGAGCCCCCAGCACGGAGCUGGUGCUGGCAUGGAUUUUAGGCUCAGCAAGCUGCCCCACAGGGGAUGUGGGCACCUAGGGCCUGAUGGCAAUGGGAUGCUGGCCGCCUCUCCCAAACCUGUUGAGCAUGUGAGUACCCAGCAGGCCCUGAGUAUGUUGUUGGGCCCAGCCUGAUGUCAGUCAUGGGGAAGUUGAGUUCAGAGAACGGGUUUAUUUGAUGUAAGGGCCACCACAAAUCACCAGAGGCUGUGUGUGUCCAGAGCUCACAUGGAACGUGGCUGGGCUGACCCAGACCCCCUUGCUGUCCUAUUGCCAGUGUAGGCUAAGGGAGCUGGGGACCAGGACAAAAUCCUGGCCUCCCUGACCCCCAGGCCCAUUCCAGGUGGGACAUGCAGCUCCUGGGACACAGAUGUUAAACUCACGUGCUUAGAGACAGCAUUCUUAGCAUAUACUCCUCACUUUCUCCACUGGUGUCCCUUUCUGUGUGGGAGGCAAACUGGGGAAGGAAACAGUGGUCAGGGUCCUGCUAUCCGGGUCAAGUUUAGUGUUUGUUGCAAGUAAUCUUUCUAGGAGCUCCAGGCAGAGACACUUGAGACUUUGGCUGAAGCUUAGACUUUUGGCGCUUCGGUAGUAGCGAUGGCUGGGGAAAGACUGUGGACCAAACAGGUAACUUACGCUUCUCUUCCUUCUGAGCCCCUGCCCCUCUCUUUCCAGUCUUCCCCCUUUGUCGCCGAGGCCAUGGUGACAGGAUGCCCGAGGUAGGCCUGAUAAGCUCCUACUGGCCUGUACAAAACUCCUCAGUGUCAGGUGUUGCCUUGUGUUUAAGGGUGGCCCGUCCCUAGAGGACUGAGGGACCCAGGCUAGGGACCGUGGGUCUUGCUGGGAAGGCCCUCUCCUUGCUUUGGGCUGGCACACCUGUGGCCCCACUGCUGCAGUCAGUGGGGGAGACAGGCUCCACUCCAUGUCCCUCAGACCCAGGCAGCCCCCACUUUCUGUGCCCAUCUAAGAUCAGCCUCUCUCCGUUCUGCCUCCUCAUGAAAGCCAACACUGUUCAGCUGCCCAGCCUCACCACAGCUGUGCCCGGCCAGCAGAGGGGAGACAGGACCGAUGGCCCCACGCUGCGGGACAAAGCCAGUCCUGAUACGCCAACCCCGGCCCCAGGGAGGCCUGAGCUGGGCACAGAAGGGGUGAGAGAGACUGCACGCGGCCAAGAUUAACACGGUUUAUUUCACUGUCAGUCUUACAAGUCACUGAGGUUGGGCAAAGCCAGGAUAGUAACUCGAGCACUUUCGUCCAGUAACAACUCAAUGAGCAAGGCCCUAUUACUGAGCAGGGGGCAGCAGAGGGCACCCCAGGAACCGCAGCACAGGCACCGAUGUUCCAAACCCCUUCCCGGAGGCACCAGGCAGGGCUUGGCCCUUAACAGCCAGGCGUGCACCCCACUGGCUCUUGGUCCCCACCAACUGACGCCCUUUGGAGGAGGCACAUGGGCCUGCAGAGGCAUUAAGGAGGCAAGUUGGGCUGGGCAGACAGCAAGAUUGGAGCUUCCCCACCGAGGUACUUUCUCUGGCUUUGAUCUCCCCAUCCCCACAGCAGAGCCACACCGCUGGAAAGGAUGGCCAGCCCGUCCCCAUCCCAGGAAGGGGGAAGCCCUGUGGCCAUCCGGGAGUGGCUGUUGCUUACUGUUCUCUUUUCUCCCCUACUUAUCCAACUGUUCCCUAGUUACAGUGUGGAGGAGGAGAGGACAGGCACUUAGAGCCAAAGGUGGGACGUACACCCCUUUUUCUACUCUGGUAAAAAGCCGCAGACUUCCUGGGGCUGCAAUGAUUAAGAUCCAGGGUCUAAGCCCAGGGAUUUCCCCCCCACCCUGAAUCCAUCGCCGGUUUCCCACAGCCGCAGUGACCGCCCUCUAGGUACCUGCAGCUCUGAGGUGACCCCCUCCACCCCGCUGGCCAGCUCUGGGCAGGGGCAGGGGAACCAGUAACAGGCAGCUGGGCUCGGGGUUGUGGCUGCAGUUCCAGGCCCAGCUUGGCUCAGCCUGGGCAGCUUUGCUCUGGGUUCCUGAAUGGUGCCUCCUACCCCACCUUGUGUUGAAAGCUUGGGCAUUAGCGGGACGAGGGUGGGCAAGAAAAGUUACAAGUUUUUAAAAAGUUACAAGAAGGUUAACUUUGAGUAAAAAAAAAAAA